AUGCUAGGAGUUAGCUUCGCCACCACCAUCACCAACCUACCCACCCUGCCGGUUCUAGCCCCCCCCCCCCCCCCCCUCCUUUAUUUACAUAUACCAAUGAACAGCCCACCAGAUCAAGAGAAUGCGGCUGAACAGCAACUCGUCCGGGUUUCUUUUCAACAACGUCAGGUCGAACGAUCAAACACCAUCCCGACUUUUGCACGACACAUACACUGCUUUCGACUACAACACCCGCUGCAGGGCACACCGCCGUCGGGAGGGAAACCAAAACGGGCGAGAUUAACCGACCAAGCCAAGGAAAAGGUACUGGGCGUGAGAAGACAGGGUGCUUGCUUGCGGUGUAGGAUGCUCAAGAUUGAGGUUUGUAAUCCCUGCCAAGCCUGCCUCACCUCGGCCCUCAAGGGGACAGAGAGAAAAGUCCUCAGCUGGAGCUACUGCAUCCGGACGAGGUUUGUCGACGUUGACAUUUUUCAGGUUCAGUCGGGACCACAGAAGAUGAGGACAGAAACCCUGAUGCUCAAGAUGGGCGCUUUGCUCGGGAGGAUUGCACAGCCGGCCGAGUUUGCCAGUCUCGACGAGCCGUCUUUCAACCAAAAGAUUACGAGGUGGUUGCUGGAUGAAGCAUAUACAGUGCCAGAACUUCAAGGAGGAAGUAUGGUGGCCGGCAUGUGUGCGAAUCUGCUAGGGUUGUCGUUCGCCUCGGAGGACGGGUCAAAAAAGGAAACGGAGAUGGAGGAGCUGACGCAUGAUUUCCGGAGGUUUCUGAUGACUGCUUCGAUGCGGUAUUCGAACUUUGAGUCCAAGUUGGCGGGCAUGGUCACAAAACAGGAGGCUUGGACAGCAGGGACAAUGUCGGGGUCGAGAAUGCUGUUGGCGUUGGAUAAGCUACUGACACCACAGUACCUGGGGAAGCUGUCGAGAGAAAGCUGCCAGGUUCUGUUCCUGGUCGUGCUGGGAGCUGUGUUGGGGGUUGGUUACUCGAGCAAGAGCAUGGGGCAAGAGAUGGAGCGACAACCCGAGGCUGGCAUGCAGGUGGAAGAUUGGGAGUUUCAGCAGAGCCCGACACUUUGGCUGGCGAUGCGGGACCACUUGUGCCAGAUGCUGGCCCAUCACCUGAUCUAUCUCGGCGGUUUGCUCGGCAUCAAGAUGGACACGGAAAUGGAGAGAAGAGUGAUUGAAUGGGCCGGUAAAGGGUGGGGGAGGAUCACACCAACUUUGCUCGGGGAAACGGAUGGGUCCCAGGCCAAAGGGUAUGUUUGGGGCCACGGAAUCUUGACGCCACCAAGCGAGGAGAUGCAGGGAAUCGAGCGCAGUAGCAGAGGAAAGAUGGCGGACUCGAACCCCGUGUAUUGGGACGAGUCAACACCGAGAGCGGAACGGCCUUUUGAACCCCCACCGCCUCUGGUUGCUGUGCCUUUUGACUCUGAAAUCUCACAAUUCCAGAUCGAAAGCUUGUACAGCUGGGAUCAGAACCCGACAUCCUAUCUGGAGAUGGACAUGCCAUCUGCCGAGCCAGAGAGCUAUGAUCGACAGUCCCAGCCCGUGCAUUAUUCAAAGGAUCUAGGGAAUCAAAUGGGAUUCCCCUUGAGAGCAAACACCGAGCCAUGUUACAAAACUCCAAGUAAGAAAAUGCUGCUUUUUGUCCCCAGAGAAAAGAGAAAUGUUGACCAAGAAACAGGCUUUGAACAAACAAGAGGAGUCAAGAAGAGGAGGACAAUGUGGAUUGUUAGGACGGUCGAUACCGGUCCGGAAUACGGGAGAAUCAACGUGUAUGCCAAGUUGAGGGGACAUGGGCGAAACGGGAGAGCGGAUUUUUCUAGCUUGGAGACCUUUACUGGAUUUGUUUAA